CUUUCUCUCUCUCUCUCUCUCUUUCUCUCUCUCUCUCUCUCUGUUUUUCUAGAUUACCAAUUUGGAUAACUAAAAUAGAAGCGAAACCUGCAUCUGAUCCAAGAAUCUCAAACCCUCUUUCCCAUUAUUUAUUACAGCUUCAUCAUCUGUAAGUCCAAGUUUCCCUUUUUGUCUUCAUUGUUCACCUUUUCUACAUUGCUCUUUAACACUACCAAAAAAGCACAACAAUUCAACGGCUAGGGUUUCAGCUUGAUUGCUCUAAAUCUUUCUUCAGGCUUAUUGCUGUAUUGGUAAUUGGUUUGGAGAAAUGACGAGGGUGGGUCGAGAUUUUGGGGAUACAAUGCAAAAGGAUGCUGUUCCGGCUGUGUCUGCAGAUGUAAUUUUUUCCUCAAGUCGAUUUCCUAAUUACAAAAUUGGAGCUAACAAUCAGAUUGUGGAGGCAAAGGAUGAGCAAAAGGUACUAUCAAUGAAGGAAGUUGUUGCACGUGAGACAGCACAAUUGUUGGAACAGCAAAAACGCCUUUCAGUCCGUGACCUUGCCAGUAAAUUUGAGAAAGGGUUGGCUGCUGCUGCAAAGUUGUCUGAAGAGGCUAGACUUAGGGAGGCAGCUUCUUUGGAGAAACAUGUCCUUUUGAAGAAGCUUCGGGAUGCACUGGAAUCAUUAAAAGGACGUGUGGCUGGUAGAAACAAGGAUGAUGUAGAGGAUGCCAUUUCAAUGGUGGAGGCUUUAGCAGUUCAGUUGACUCAAAGAGAAGGGGAGUUAAUGCAAGAAAAAGCAGAGGUGAAGAAGCUAGCAAAUUUUCUUAAGCAGGCUUCAGAAGAUGCUAAAAAACUUGUCGAUGAGGAAAGAGCUUUUGCUCGUGCUGAAAUUGAAAAUGCCAGAGCAGCAGUACAGAGAGUGGAAGAAGCCCUUCAGGAACAAGAACAAAUGUCGCGAGCUUCUGGGAAGCAGGACUUGGAAGAAUUAAUGAAAGAGGUCCAAGAGGCUAGACGAAUCAAAAUGCUGCAUCAGCCAAGCAAGGUUAUGGACAUGGAACAUGAACUUCGAGCAUUGAGGGCACAGCUCACAGAGAAGUCUAAGAAUUCUGUUCGACUUCAGAAAGAGCUGGCAAUGAGUAAGAGGGGCUUGGAACAAAAUUCCCAACUAUAUGAAUUAGAUGGCCCUGAAGCCUUGGGUUCAUAUUUGCGAAUUCAACCUUGCUCUGAUGAUGCUCCAGAACUUUCCAAGUGUUCGAUUCAAUGGUAUCGUGUAUCAUCUCAAGGUGGCAAGAAGGAGCUUAUAUCAGGUGCUAUAAAAUCAGUUUACGCCCCAGAGCCUUUUGAUGUUGGGCGAAUCUUGCAAGCUGAUAUUAUUUUGGAAGGCCAGUGGCUAACGUUGACAACCGCUGGUCCCAUUGAUCCUGCUGCUGGUUUGGGAAGCUAUGUGGAGGCACUUGUGCGGAAGCAUGAUAUUGAGUUCAAUGUAGUUAUUACCCAAAUGAAUGGGGUCAAUCAUCCCUCAGAAUCUAUUCAUGUAUUUCAUGUUGGAAAGAUGAGGAUUAAACUUUGCAAGGGAAAAACAACAAUUGCAAAAGAAUACUUUUCUACUUCGAUGCAGCUAUGUGGAGUUAGAGGAGGUGGGAAUGCUGCAGCUCAGGCAUUGUUUUGGCAAGCAAAACAAGGACUUUCCUUUGUAUUGGCAUUUGAAUCAGAAAGAGAGAGGAAUGCGGCCAUCAUGCUUGCCCGGAGAUUUGCUUUCGAUUGUAAUAUCAUGCUAGCUGGGCCGGACGACAGAGCUCCCAUAGAAACUAACGGAGCCCCAUAAAUAUCUUUUUUUCAGUAAAUGUAAUUAUUAAGUUUUCCCCUGUAUUAUAAGUUUGUAAUAGUAGAAUGUGGCAUUGUGUAGUUGUGCGUAUAGGCGCUUGCAUCUUUAUUUUUCCUUCCCUUUACAACAUCAAGGCAUUUUUUUUAUUUGCCUUUUUGUUUUGAGUGUAAUUGAUGACCUCCCACGUUUGAAAUUGGAGGUUGAUUUCAACCGUAACACCUUUGAAUGUUGAAUGAUCGGUAUAUUUGAUGA